GUCAACUUCAUCGGCAUUGAAGACGCCGUUUCUCCAUACAUUUAUGACAUCCGGUGUGAUACGUACGAUACCGAUAGGUGGAAGCUUACCUUUAUGAUAACAAAACUACGACGUGCCUGAAUGAAAACAAUCCAUACAAGUAUCAAAUUUAUAUUGUUCAGUCAUGCAACUUCACUCGCUAGGACUGCCAUGCCAUGCGUAAAGGCAAUUAAUUUCAAUGCCGUGUUAUUUUUUCAAUAAAUUUAUGUUUUAUCGAACUGUUACCGUCCAUCGAAAUACCUACAUGUUUAGAAGAAUGAUUUGGACAAUUUUGACGAGUUUUGCAAUUCUAUGUGAGACUGUUGCUGUUAUUAUCAAAACCCGCUGCCCCAGGGGUGAGGCCCACAGGUCCUGCUUCUACUACCCGGAGAGCGAGUGCUGGACAUCAUCAGAGAUGCUGACGAGGAACCUGGAGAGGCUCAGAAAACUCGACCACUGCGUCAGCGCUUGUGUUUGUAGGAGUGCGACAGUACGCGCGUACCCCGAAGGCCCGUGCAUACCGGCCGCGUCGUGCAAGGGACGCGCCCUGGCGGACAAAAUCGGAAGCUUACCUGUCGAGUGGAAGCACAAGCCUUCAUUAUGAAAUGAUACUGUAA